AUGGCGGACGGGAUGCGGGUGGGUAGCGGUCUGAUGUCAGAGUCGAUGGCGUCGGGGCACCCUGACGAGGCAGCCGAGAAGGAGCUGGCGCCUCUGGAGAAAGGUUUGUUCCAAGUUGAAGAUUCAUCAAGUGAUUGUGGCUCUCACAAUAAGCCAGGUGAUAGCUUACAGAGUUUUGUGGCAGAAGGAAAGUCUCCUUUCCCAGAAAUUUUCCAAACAAGUCAACUUUUGUUCUAUGAACGGUUCAGAGCCUAUCAAGAUUACAUUUUAGCUGACUGCAAGGCCUCAGAAGUAAGGGAAUUCACAGCUGAGUUCUUAGAGAAGGUCCUUGAACCAUCUGGAUGGCAGGCAAUCUGGCGCACGAAUGUAUUUGAGGUGUUGGUUGAGGUUACAGAUGUGGACUUUUCAGCCUUGAAGGCAGCGGUGAAGCUUGCUGAGCCAUAUGCUUGUGAAUCUGAAGUGAACACUUUCACCUUGGAAUGUAUGAAAGAGCUCCUCGACCUGAAGGAAUACCAGUUGCCCCUGCAGGAGUUGUGGGUUGUGUUUGAUGAUUCUGGAGUGUUUGACCAGACAGCACUUGCAAUUGAGCAUGUCAGGUUUUUCUACCAAUACAUUUGGAGGAGUUGGGAUGAAGAAGAGGAGGAUGAGUACGAUUAUUUUGUCAGAUGUGUUGAACCCCGUAUGAGAUUGCAUUAUGACAUUCUUGAAGACCGAGUUCCUUCAGGACUUAUUGUUGACUAUCACAGUUUGUUGACUCAGUGUGAAGAAAGUUACAGGAAAUUUUUAAAUCUGAGAAGCAGUUUGUCAAAUUGUAAUUCUGAUUCCGAGCAGGAAAAUAUCUCCAUGGUGGAAGGGUUAAAAUUAUAUUCAGAGAUUGAACAGUUGAAACAAAAGCUAAAACUCAUUGAGAACCCUUUAUUGAGAUAUGUUUUUGGUUAUCAGAAGAACUCUAAUAUCCAAGCAAAAGGUGUCCGUCCAAAUGGCCAGAAGGUCACUCAUGUAGUCUCCUCCACCAUGAUGUCUGGUUUACUGCGGUCUCUGCUAAGGGACAGGCUUUGUGAGGAACCUUUCAAAGAAGAUACAGAAAUUCAGUUCCAUAGUGAUCCAUUGUCUGCUGUAAAUGCCUGCUAUGAAGGUGAUACUGUUAUUGUUUGUCCUGGCCAUUAUGUGGUGCAUGGCACAUUCUCCGUUGCUGACUCCAUUGUGUUGGAAGGAUAUGGUCUACCAGAUGAUAUUGUAAUAGAAAAGAGGGGUAAAGGAGACACUUUUGUGGAUUGCACAGGUGUGGAUGUUAAAAUUUCAAGCAUAAAAUUUGUUCAGCGUGAUGCAGUAGAAGGAAUCUUAAUUAUUCAUCGUGGCAAGACUACAGUAGAAAACUGUGUACUACAAUGUGAAACUACAGGAGUCACAGUACGAACAUCAGCAGAAUUUCUAAUGAAGAACUCAGAUUUAUAUGGUGCCAAGGGGGCUGGUUUAGAAAUAUAUCCUGGGAGCAAGUGUGUCCUGAGUGACAAUGGGAUCCACCAUUGCAAGGAGGGGAUCCUCAUUAAGGAUUUCUUAGAUGAGCAUUAUGAUAUUCCCAAAAUAUCCAUGGUAAAUAAUGUCAUACAUAAUAAUGAAGGCUAUGGUAUUGUUUUGGUGAAACCUACAAUUUUCUCUGACCUGAAAGAAAAUGACCAAGAUAAAACUGAAGAAAAUAAAGCAGUUAAGGUUCAAACAAGUGGACAAGGAGAUGCAGCUGGAAGAGUGGAUCUAGAGGAGCUGAUUCACGGUGCAACUGACAAGAUGGAGAUUUAUGAAAGGGCUGCUGACCUUUCUGAGCAAAUUGAGGGAAAUUGUGAAAUUAUAAAUGAACUAGUUGCUGCCUCCACCCAGAAAGGCCAGAUGAGGAAGAAAAGGUUGAGUGAACUGGGGAUCACACAAGCAGAUGACAACUUAAUGUCACAGGAAAUGUUUGUUGUAAUUGUGGGGAACCAGUUUAAGUGGAAUGGGAAAGGGAGUUUUGGCACAUUUCUUUUCUGACACGGUGAUAUAAAUAGCUAACAAGAUGUUGGGUUUUGCUCAUGCUGCCCUAAGAAUCACUGCUGCUCGUGUAGUUUGCUUCAUGUUUGUAUUUGAUAUAUUUGGUUGGGCUUGAGUGAAAUGUAAAUUUAUUUCUACCUGCAAGUAUUGCACAUAAAGCAGUCCUUUAUAGAAAAGGUCAUAAAAAUAUGUAAAAUAGAAAAUAAUUGGAGAUUUCACAUCUAGACUAUCUUGCUUUCUUGAAUAUAUACUUCUCUCAUAUUAAGCUUGUUAGUAACUUUUAGUGUAAAUACACUUUAGUCUUGCACUUCAAAGAGAAAGAAGGAAAGCAGCAAAUGUAAGAGAAGUGGAUAACAUUGCAGUAGGUGCCUCACGAGCAGUGUUCUUCUGGAAUUGGUCUUUUUAGCCCAAUUAUGUCAGUCUGAUUUUCAUACUAUAUUUGCAUAAUUGUCUUAAAGAAAAGUUUUAUGAUUAGGAAGUUAUCCACCUAAUCAGACUCAUCAUUGAGAAUCUAAGUGGGAUACAUUUUUAUGUCAUCAAAACAGCAAUAGAUAGC